CAAUCCCCAACUUCCAACCUUUAUCGACAAAUCAGUAUACUGUUUUUGUGAUAUAUUUGCCGCGUCUUUGGUUGCAACUAUACUCGACGUGACUAUAUCCGAUAGCCAAACGCAAACCGUUCCGUCCUUCCCUUGCGCUGUGCGAUCACCUUUUGAAGCCCAAGGCCGGUAUUCAAUUGACCCUGCAGACUCCAUACAUCACCAAUUACGAAACUCAUAAAUCCCUUUGAUCAUGGGCUUCUUCACUGGAUUUUUCAGCGGCUUUGCCCUCACAACAUCAGUCCUAUACAUUACGAUCCAAGUCCACCGUUCAACACGUCUCGAACAAAAGUCCGCUAUCCGCGGCCAAACGAAGACGAUUGAUUGGUUAGCUUCUUCUCGAGGCGCAUACGACCGCCGUUUACUUCCAAAGGAUGAUGAGGAUAUUACGUCUAGAGAAAGGGCAUUGGCAGCUUCGAAGUCGCCAAUGAAAGAUCAGCUGAAACAUCAGUGGAAUGAGGAGGUGCGGUUGUUGGCGAGGAAGGCUUAUGAGACCAGGUGGGAGGACGUGCGGGAUGCAGCUGCGGAGGGCUGGAGAGGUGUUAGGAGCUUUGUCAAGAGGGAGUGACUAUGAUUCCUUUUUUUAUCGCACGGGUACUUCCUGUGAUUGUUAGAAACAUAUGUGGUGGACUUCGUGGUGAGUAUGAAAUUUAGAUUCUGAUACCCCCGGUUUGUAUGCUUAGCGUUAUCGGUUUGUCUUGUAUGUGUACAAUAGAAUACAGUUGUGGUCAUUGGUGGCCUAUGAGUGAAAUAUUAUCUGUUUGAAGCUUGCUUCAAACAA